AGUUCCACAGCGGCUGGGGCAGCAGCGGAAGGCCGGGCGCGGCAUGUCCUGGGUGCCGCGGUGCUGGCAGUGAACGCGCGGCCGGCGAGAUGGGCCGGCGCCGGGCGCAGGAGCUUUACCGGGCUCCGUUCCCGUUGUACGCGCUUCAGGUCGACCCUAGCGCAGGGCUGCUCAUCGCUGCGGGCGGAGGAGGUGCCGCCAAGACAGGCAUAAAGAAUGGCGUGCACUUUCUGCAGCUAGAGCAGAUUAAUGGGCUCCUGAGCGCCUCCUUGUUGCACUCCCAUGACACAGAGACGCGAGCUACCAUGAACUUGGCACUGGCUGGUAACAUCCUUGCUGCAGGGCAGGAUGCCCAUUGCCAGCUUCUGCGCUUCCCGGUCCAUCAGCAGAAGGGCAACAACAAGGCAGAGAAGGCAGGUUCCAAGGAGCAGGGGCCUCGACAAAGGAAAGGGCCUGCCACAGCAGAGAAGUCUGGAGCUGAAACCCAGCGCGAGGGGGUAGAACUCGGGGUAGAGAAUUUGCAGGCAGUACAGACAGACUUUGGCCCUGAUCCACUGCAGAAAGUUGUGUGCUUCAACUGUGAUAAUACCCUGCUUGCCACUGGAGGAACAGAUGGCUACGUUCGUAUCUGGAAGGUGCCCAGUCUGGAGAAAGUUCUGGAGUUUAAAGCCCAUGAAGGGGAGAUUGCAGACCUGGCCGUGGGGCCUAAUGGCAAGUUGGUAACUGUGGGCUGGGACAGGAAGGCCUGCGUGUGGCAGAAGGAUCAACUAGUGAUGCAGCUGCAUUGGCAAGAGAAUGGACCCACCUUUCCUAACACUCCUUACCGCUACCAGGCCUGCAGGUUUGGACAAGUUCCAGACCACCCUGCUGGGCUGCGACUCUUCACAGUACAGAUUCCCCACCAACGCCUGCGCCAGCCCCCACCUUGCUACCUCACAGCCUGGGAUGGCUCUACCUUCUUACCCCUUCGGAGCAAGCCCUGUGGUCAUGAAGUCAUCUCCUGCCUCAACGUCAGUGAAUCGGGCACCUUCCUAGGCCUGGGCACGGUCACUGGCUCUGUUGCCAUCUACAUAGCUUUCUCUCUCCAGUGCCUCUAUUAUGUGAGGGAGGCCCAUGGCAUUGUGGUGACAGAUGUGGCCUUUCUACCUGAGAAGGGUCGUGGUCCAGAGCUCCUUGGGUCCCAUGAAACUGCCCUGUUCUCUGUGGCCGUGGAUAGUCGCUGCCAGCUACACCUACUGCCCUCACGGCGGAGUGUUCCUGUGUGGCUGCUGCUCCUACUGUGUGUUGGGCUUAUUGUUGUGACCAUCCUGCUGCUCCAGAGUGCCUUUCCAGGUUUUCUUUAGCCUCCCUGGGAAUCAGAGGCCUGGACACUGCCACCCUGUAGAGCAGAGUGGAGGCCUGGACCCCCAUUGCUCUCUUCAUUUGGAGCUGCCUCUGAUGAGACAGAUGGGUACUGCCUGCCCUUCCCAGUUAAAGCUUGGCUGUGGCUCUGCGUGAUUCUGAGUCUGGGAACUCUGCAUUCAUCAUCUGUGGACCCACCCAGAACAGUGAUAUCUGAAGUCCCAGCCAUACUUCUUGCUUCCUUCCCUCUGCCUACCAGAAGCUCCAGAGUUGAGCUUGUCUUGUCUCCAGAAACCUGGGAAGAUGCCCAGAAGCCUGGA